CUGUCUAGUUCAUCAAAAUAUGAAAAUUUACUUAUAUCUGCAAAAUCACGUUCCUACUUAAAGAUUAAAUCAUUUAUAUAACAUACUUAAUAGCAAAAUAAUGAUUUAAUUGUGAAACAACAAUAGACCAUUCAACGUUGGGUAUGUGAGUAAAUUUUUAUCAGUUUCUGAAACACACAUAAAAAUAAUUUCCUGUAGAGUUUGUAGUUUGUAGCAUGUGGCUGAUGAGUGUAGUGCGGACUGUGUAGAGAUAAAAGCUUCAAAAUCAUUAAUUUGAAAAUAAAAUGGAGGAAAACAGGAUAAAUGAAAAAUUAAAAAAGGCCCAUCCAUUACAAAGGACCAACUUUUUUUCAAGGCUAUUUUUUUGUUGGUUACCUCCAUACCUUUUCAAAGGCUUGAGAAGGAAUAUUGAUGAAGAUGAUAUGUACCUCACAAGUAACGCGCAAAAAUCCGUCAAUUUGGGAAGACGAUUAGAAGACGCAUGGAAUAAGGAAUUAAAAAAGGAAAAACCAUCACUGAUGUGGGCACUAUUUAAAGUUUUUAGAUGUGAAAUACUGGUGUAUGCCGUUUACAAUACAGUUGCCGAUUUUAUCAAAAUAAUGCAACCAAUAUUGAUCUCACAGCUAGUAACAUACAUACAGUCAAAUAAACGUGGAGAAUACCAGCAAGAAAUCUACAUAUGUGCCUCUCUACUUAUCCUAGCAUCUUUAUUUCUAGUGGUAGGCCUUCAUCACUAUCAAAUGCUCGUAAUGACGAUGGGAAUGAAAGUAAGAGUAGCCGCAUGCGCAUUAAUCUACAGGAAAGCUCUAAAAUUGAACAAAACUGCUCUAGCUGAAACAACGAUUGGACAAAUGGUUAAUUUAUUGUCUAAUGAUGUAGGCAGGUUUGAAUAUUCUUGUCAGCUGAUGCAUACCUUGUGGUUAGCACCGCUGGAAACCAUUGUAGUUAUGGUGAUGUUAUACUUUUACGUUGGACCCACAGGACUGGUUGGUUGUGCUUUUCUUCUGUUAUUUAUUCCUUUCCAAAUUUACGUGGCCAAGUUGACAUCAAAAUUCAGACUCAAAACAGCUCUGCGCACAGAUGAGAGAGUCAGAUUAAUGAACGAAAUCAUAGCUGGCGUUCAAGUAAUCAAAAUGUAUACAUGGGAAAAACCUUUUGCAAAAUUAGUGGAAAUAGUCAGAAAACGGGAAGUAACUGCAAUUGGCCACAUGUCAAACAUUCGCGCCAUUAUGAUGUCUUGUACAAUGACUUUGAGCAGAAUUGCUAUCUUCUUAUGCGUAUUAACAUACGUCUUUACUGGAAAUACCCUAACGGCUUCAUAUGCCUUUACUAUAACUUCCUUCUACAGUUUCCUAAGACAAACAGUAACUAUGUUUUUCCCACAAGCUAUAACACAAUUUGCAGAGACAAGAGUGUCGGUUACUAGAAUACAGAAAUUCAUGAUGUACCCAGAGUUAAUUAAAGAAGACGAAGACAGUAAUUAUAAUAAUAUAACGAUUAGUAGCAAUGGAAACAGUAAAUUAAGCAUUACAGAAAAACAAGAAAUCAGUAUUAAACUUAAACACGUAGCAGUAAAAUGGAUCAAAUCAUCAACAGAAAAUAAUCUACAAAAUAUCAACUUUGAAGCACAUUCCAAUCAAUUAGUAGCCUUAGUAGGUCCAGUUGGAGGCGGUAAAUCUACUCUAUUGCACGUUAUUCUGAAAGAACUAGAACCCAUAUUUGGUUCUGUAAGCGUUUCUGGAUCCAUUUCUUACGCUUCCCAAGAACCAUGGGUGUUUGGUGGGAGUAUCAGACAGAAUAUUCUUUUUGGACAAGAGUAUAAUGAAAAGAGGUAUCAAGAAGUAAUAAGUGUUUGCGCAUUGGAAAGAGAUUUUUCACUAUUACCUCAUGGCGAUAGGACUUUAGUAGGUGAAAGAGGAGCAACUCUAAGUGGAGGUCAAAGAGCAAGAAUUAACCUAGCAAGAGCUGUAUACAAGGAAUCGGAUAUUUACCUUCUAGAUGAUCCUCUAUCAGCUGUAGAUACCCAUGUUGGAAAACAGCUUUAUAGAAGCUGCAUUGCUGGUUACUUAAAGAACAAAUGUGUGAUAUUAGUUACUCACCAAUUGCAGUAUUUACGUACAGCGAACUGCAUCUACUUACUAGUCGAUGGCGUGGUUAGAGCAUCAGGUACAUAUCAAACAUUGAAAAACUCUGAAAACGCCUUUACCAAUCUCCUAGAAUCAUCAAAAGAGGACGAGAAAAAGGAUAUAUUAAGGAGAAUGUCUAGAUCGGAAUCAAUUCAGUCACAGAUGAACGAAUAUGAUGAAGCAGAAGAUGAAGGAGCAAUAGAGCAACAGAAAGAAGAAAGAGCAUCAGGUUCUGUUUCUAAAAAGGUUUAUGUCAGCUAUUUAAAAGCUGCUGGACAUUGGACGAAAACGUUAGCGCUUUCUUUGUUGUUUAUCUUUACGCAAACUUUUGCGAGCUUAACUGACAUAUUUCUUACCACAUGGGUUAACACAGAACAAUUAAGAAACGAAACCAAUUUUAAUAACACAAUGAACUCGAAUACUACAUCAACGCAACAUUUCUUGCUUCGACUCCUCAAUAGAGAUAACACGCUCAUAAUAUACAGUUGUUUGGUGUUAUUAACUGUGUCGUUUGCUAUUACAAGAUCAUUAUCGUUCUUUCGAUUUUGCUUAUCAGCGUCUACUCGAUUACAUAAUGCUAUGUUUGGAAAAAUCGUAUUCUCACCGAUGCUUUUCUUUAAUACCAAUCCUUCUGGUAGGAUUUUAAACAGAUUUUCUAAAGAUAUUGGCUCUUUAGAUGAGACUUUACCUAUUUGUAUCGUGGAUACAGUAGGGAUUGGCCUGAUAGCUGCUGGUAUCACUUUGACCAUUGGCACAGUAAAUCCAUGGAUUUUAAUUCCAGCUGCAAUAUUGAUGAUUAUUUUUUACUACAUUCGAAAGUUGUUUCUGACUUCUUCAAGAAAUAUUAAACGUGUGGAAGCUGUAGCAAGAAGUCCAAUUUACACUCACUUAUCGGCGUCUCUACAAGGUCUGACAACCAUCAGAGCUUUUAGAGCAGAAGAAAUACUCAGCAAAGAAUUUGAUAACUUUCAAGAUGCAUAUACCUCCGCUUAUUACAUGUUUCUAACAGCUAAUAGAGGAUUUGGCUUUUGGUUGGAUAUGCAUUGCUUAGUCUUAAUAAUAUUUGUGGUUAUUAGCAUUCUUUUUAUACAAGGAGAAUCCUUUGGAGGCAACGUAGGUCUAUCGUUAACUCAAGCAGUAGCGCUUUCCGGAAUGGUUCAAUGGGGUAUGAGACAGUGGAGCGAACUAGAGAACCAAAUGACGUCCGUUGAAAGAGUUCAGGAAUACGCAGAUCUUCCGGUAGAACCAGAUGUCCACAAACGUGAUCCUCCAUCAAAUUGGCCGAGCUUAGGUAACGUCAAAUUCGAGAAUGUGAGUCUCAAAUACGCAGAAGAUGGUGAAUAUGUACUUAAGAAUCUUAAUUUCGAAAUACAACCAAAGGAAAAAAUCGGUAUAGUCGGUAGAACCGGAGCUGGAAAGUCUUCAUUGAUCCAGGCUGUUUUUAGAUUGGCCCAAAUCGAAGGUAGCAUAUUUGUUGAUGGUAUUGACAGUAAAGAUGUACAGUUGAGGAUAUUGAGAUCGAAAAUAUCAAUCAUUCCUCAGGAGCCGGUGCUGUUUUCAGGUACGCUGAGAAAAAAUUUGGAUCCAUUUGAUGAAUAUAGAGAUGAGAUUCUAUGGGACGCUUUAGAUGAAGUGGAGCUCAAACACGCCGUAAACGAGCUAUCAGCAGGGUUGGACAGCAAAAUGGCGGAAGGAGGCUCUAAUUUCAGCGUAGGUCAACGACAACUAGUGUGUUUAGCUCGAGCUAUAGUGCGAAAUAAUAAAAUUCUAGUCCUAGAUGAAGCUACAGCUAAUGUAGACCCCUUGACCGAUGCUAUUAUUCAAAAUACUAUAAGGGAAAAAUUCGAAAAUUGUACAGUAUUAACCAUAGCGCAUAGACUUCACACCAUCAUGGAUUCUGAUAAGGUCCUGGUCAUGGACGCAGGGCAGGCUGUCGAAUUUGAUCAUCCUCAUGUACUUUUACAGAAAAAAGGCGUAUUUCAUAGCCUUGUGAGACAAACCGGAAGCGUGAUGGCAGCUAGUUUACAAGCCAUAGCUGCUGAAAAUUUUGAGAAAAACCCACAUUAAAUGUCAGUGUAGCGAAGA